AUGGCCUCCAAGAUUUUGAACCUUCUCGCGAUAUCAACUUUAGCGAUUUUAGCCUCUUCUUUCGGCCCCGCUUCAGUCACCGCUCUUUCGGUCGAUUCACAUCACCUUGUUCGACAAGUCCCCCAUGCUCAUGGUGCGGUCGCGAAGCGCAAGCGUUCCGUUAACAGGCGUUGUAAGCCCCGUCCUACGACGAAGACUCCAUCUGUCCCCACACCAGCGCCUGCAACUGGCGACAAUGGCAGUUCUGGCAACAAUGGAGGUAGCGGAGGCAGCGGCACGACCAAGCCUGCCGAUCCCAAGCCUCAAAGUGACAAGGGCGCGGCUUCAAGCACCCCCGCCGCACCCAAGCCCUCAGUGACGCCCAAGCCUGCUGAUAACAAUAAUAACAACGGAGGCUCCAAUAACUCCGGCAGUGGCAGUGGAAAGGUUGGCCUCGCCUGGCCCAACGGCGAGGACAUCGAUCUCGCCAACUGGCACACUGGAAGCACUAAGUUCAUCUACACUUGGAGUCCUUGGAUCCCUGCCAAAGCCAAAUCCCUUGGCUUUGCUCCCGCUCCCAUGCUCUGGGGCGAGAAGCAGCUCUCCGACUUCAAGAAGCUCGUCAAGCCCGGUUAUGCUAACAUCGCGAUGGGCUUCAACGAACCUGAUCAGGGUGGUCAGGCUAACAUGUCUCCCUCGCGUGGCUGCUCCUUGUGGUGGGAGAACCUCAACCCGUUGAAGGACCAAGGCUAUCAACUCAUCUCCCCCGCCUGCACGAACGCCCCCAGUGGUACUCAAUGGAUGAAGGACUUUAUGGGUUGCUGCCGUGACUGCCGAAUUGAUGCCAUCGCUACCCAUUUCUACGGUACUUCCGCCCAGGCUCUUAUCCAGCACGUCACCGACAUCCACAACCUCUUCGGCAAGGACGUCUGGGUUACUGAAUUUGCAUGCCAAAACUUUGGUGGUAGUGGCGGCCAGUGCUCGAAAGCUCAAGUUAAUGAAUUCAUGGACACUGUGACCGGUUUCUUCGAUAAUACUCCAUGGGUAAAGGCAUACUUCGCCUUCGGUGCCAUGCAUGACAUGUUCAACGUGAACCCCGACAACCAACUGAUGGGCGCUGACGGGAAGCCCAACGCAUUGGGCAGGAAGUACAUCAAGGCCUAA